GACGCUUGCGUAACCGGAAGUACCUGCGGGUACCUAGGGUCCAGCCUGGCUUUCGGAGCCCGCUGUGGCGGUUACUGCGUUGGAGAGACCUGUUAUGAAGGCGGUGGCAGCUGCAGAGGUGGCGGAGAGGAAGCCCGAUAAUGACGGUGUGGAGCCCAGAGGUGUGCACUGGGGGGAGCUGAGCCAGACUUCCAUUCCAUCUGGACCGCAGGAGAAGGAGACACCAGAGAGUACACCAGACAUCCCCAACAGUGACAGCUCCCAGGCAGAGAGCCCGGCUGUGAGUGCCAUGUUACAUGCCAUCGCUGCCAGCCACCUGCCUGUGUGCAGCCAGCAGCAGGGUGAGCCUGAUCUGACAGAGCCUGAGAAGGUGGCCAUCCUGGGCCAGCUGUAUCACAAGAAGCCGCUGGUGUUCUUGGAGCGCUUCCGCACAGGCCUCCGGGAAGAGCACCUGGCGUGCUUCGGCCAUCUGCGUGGAGACCACCGUGCUGAUUUCUACUGUGCCGAGGUGGCCCGGCAAGGCACUGCCCGGCCUCGAACCCUGCGCACCCGCCUGCGUAACCGACGUUAUGCUGCCCUGCGUGAGCUCAUCCAAGGAGGCGAGUAUUUUAGCGACGAGCAGAUGCGGUUCCGUGCCCCACUACUGUAUGAGCAGUACAUAGGACAAUACCUCACCCAGGAAGAGCUCAAUGCCCGCACAGCAGCCCCACAAGCCCCCAGGUCCGGCUCUCCUGGCACGCCUGCCUUUCCACUCUCCGACCUGCUGUUUCAGUCCUACCAGGAACGGGAGCUGCAGCAAAAGCUGCUCCGGCAGCAAGAGGAGGAGGAGGCCUGCUUUGAGGAGGAAGAGGACAGCGAUGAGGAAGACCAGAGGUCGGAUAAAGACUCGGAAGCCUGGGUGCCUGACUCGGAAGAGAGGCUGAUCCUUCGAGAGGAGUUCACCAGCCGCAUGCACCAGCGAUUCCUGGACGGCAAAGAUGGGGGCUUUGACUACAGCACGGUGGAUGACAACCCUGACUUUGACAACCUGGACAUUGUGGCACGUGAUGAGGAGGAUCGGUACUUUGAUGAAGAGGAGCCUGAGGAUGUGUCUAGUGCAGAGCUGGGUGGGGACUGAUGGCUCUCACCCUUGUAGCCACCCCGCAGGCCGCUGACUAAAACUGGCUUAGUGACUCAGGCCAUCAAGACAGGCCCUCUAGACUUGGCCCACCUCAGACAAUGCCUCCACUUGUGUUUAGGGGUUCCCACUCCUCUCUGGGAACAUUACUGCUCCUCUGGCUCUGGCCCCACCUGUCUUUUCUCUUUGAGAUAGGAUCUUGUUAUAUAACUUGCCAGUGUUACUUGCUUUGUAGCCAAGGCUGGCCUGAAACUCAGUCCUCCUGCCUCAGCUGCCCACAGGCUGCUUGUACAGGCGAGUCCCUGUGCCCUGUCUACCUGUCUUGUUCUUACCCACUUUCUCCCUUCAUGCCACUGCCUCACCUCUCGCUUCCUAAGUCUAACCUCUGUGCAUCCACCUUCUACCCAUCUCUGUGUCACGGGUGCUGUGCCCACAGCAGGGCCCUGACAACUGUCUGGUGGCUGCAGCUGCCCCAUGGAUGCUAGUGUCCAGCUCCACCGGAAUGCCAGCACAGCUCUGAGCUUCUCCACCUCUCUCUGCCAGUGUCCUAUGCAGGGCCCUCUUGUUCCCCCAAGCUCCCACCUUACCCUUCAUGCCUUCCCCACCCUUGUUCACUUACAUGGAUCCCCUGGCCUUGAUGUCUGCCCCUCUUUCUCAGCCUUUACUGCUCUGGUUCUCUGGGUCCCCUUCCCCAGGCCUGGCAGCCAAGGGCAUCAGAAGCCUUCCUUCCAUGUGGGUGGAGGUUAGGGGAACCCAGGUGGCACCAGCUUCUGCUGCUCCUUUUUGGACACUAGCUGGGAGUGCUGGCAGAGGCAGGGCUGGGUACCACAGGGCCAGCUUGAGUGUGGGAGGAACUUGAAGAGGGGGACUCUCCCCUACCAACCCCCUUCCCAGCCACAGUUUUCCUUUUCCUCACUUCCUCCACCUCCCUCUCCCUUUCCCUCUCCUGUUUACACUCCCCAAAUACGCACAGGCUGUUAUCAUGGGUCUUGAGUCAUCACACACACAGACACACAGCCUGCCCCAGUGUCCCUGCCCCCAGCUGGCCACAGGGCCCGCCCCACAGAGCCCCCUGCUGCCCUGGGCUAAUGAAAGCCAGAUGGCUGCCUGUGACUCAGCCAUGGCCUGUGGGAACCCAGACGCCCCACCUUCCCAUGCCCCACACCCGGCCCCUGCGCCCCCAGCAGCCAGAAGCAACCUGCUCCUGUGGGGAUGGAGGCCAGCAUGUCUGGGCCUGAGAAUCCAAACUGCUGUGGCACUGAAUGGCAAAUGACUGCAGUCUACUCUGGCCAUACCUGAAGGAACCUAAAACUGCUUUGUAAAGCCAAGGUCCUGACCCUGGGUCUUGGCUCUGCCCUCUGUAUCAAGUAAACUCACCCAGGGGGGUAGAAGGUGUUCUCUUAAACUGUUGAAAGAUCCUCAACAGCUCAGCCUGGGCCAGGCCUGACUGACACCUCCUAACAGACCUGGAAACAAGACUGUCAGUCGCCACUUGUCUCAAAGGAUGGAAAGAACCCAGAAGUAGCCAUUUGCAUCUUGAGACCACCUGGCCUCCCAGGCAGAGCCAAGACUGGAACACAGCCAGUGUGCCUCCAUGUGACCUCAUUGGACAGCGGAGAUGCAAAGACAGACUUCCUCCUGUCGUGGGGGACUGUAGAGGAAGGUGCAGGUGUUGUGGCACAUAGUAUGGUGGCAGGUGGUGGACUGUUAUACCCCUACCCUUACCUCCCCAGAGGACGCAGUGAAUCCCCAGCUGGGACCCCACCACACUGGACAGGAGCCAGGAGUGCUCUUUUGGGAAGUUGUGGCUUAAGUAUUUUUCACAGUUGACCAGUGUUCUGUCCGAUCAUUAAACUUAUUUAAGAUAGAAA